GUUUUUCUUUACGAGAUUAGAUUUGCUAUAGUUUUAAGCUAGCUGAUUUAAUACUUAACAAGAUUGAUAUUAAAGUAGGUAUUAAAAUGUCAAGCAAUACAGAUACCGGUGAUACAAUACUAGAAACAGAAUUAAAAACAAGUGAACUAAAUUCUCUUCUACCACCUCGUGAGGCUCUGAUAACAACAGCAGUUAACUUCUUACAAAAUGCCAAAGUUCGCCAUACAACGCUUAAACAAAAACAACAAUUUUUACGGUCCAAAGGUCUCACAUCAGAGGAAAUUCAGCUAGCAUGCGAGCGAGCUGGGGUUUUCUCAAAAGAUCCUAAUGCACCUACUGUGAUAAAUAUGGAUAUCAGUUCACAGACUCAUUCCCAGUUAUCUUUAUUACCACAAACGACAACAUUAGGCAGAAUCAAAGAGAUAUUGAAUUCAGUGGCUUUAGUUAGCGGGUUAGCAUAUGCAAUUUAUUUGUUUUGGAAGAAAUAUUUAGAACCAUUCUUGUUUGGCAAGAAAAAAAAGAAACCUGUUGAAGAUGUGCUUGAAGAUAUCGAUAAAAAAGUGAAUACACGCUUUGAUGAAGUUAAUCAAGAGUUGACUCAAAUCAAAGACACCUUAUCUCAACAAAAACGUGAGCAUACACAACACAUCAAUCGUGAAUUUAAUAAUUUUAAGAGUGAUAUAGAAGCAAUAAAAGGAUUACUUCUUAACAGAAAGCAAUUUGCAUCUCCUUUGACUACUGGUUCUCCACUUAUACCAGCUUGGCAAUUAUCGUCAGCACAUCGUCAUCGUCACAGUCAGUCAGACGAUAAUGAAAAGGCAGAUGAUGCGGGCUCAGGAUCAGGAUCUUCUGAAACAGAAGUUGUUACUAAAAACAGCGAUUCCAGUUUAGAAAUUGUGUAAUUUCUUCUAUAGUCAUUUAGUAAAAUGAAUAAAUACAAUUAAAUAUAGUUUAUAUAAAGUAUGCAGCUAUAAGAACGAAAAAGAGUCUAUGCAAAACUAACCAGAAACCAAACAGCAAUAAGUGAGAUUAGAUUAGAUUACAAGUCUAACCAUAUAUUAUAUUACACACAUAGAAUACUAAUUCUUUUGAUAACUCUGUUCUACUAUAUUGUUCUGUUUAUAUAUGAUAUGCACAUAUCAAAGUAUAAAGUUUUUUAUGUUCGCUUAAUAUUUGUUUUAAUUACUGGGUUUCCAAGAAAUUUACAAUUCACUAAAUAACAUUUAAUUAAAUUAUUUCUAUAAUGCAGCAUAUUUUAAAAUAAAUAUUUGUAGUGAUUCGUAGUUUUUAAACUGACAUAUAUUAAUUAAAAUAU